GCGCGGAGCAUGCGCAGUAGAGAACCCAAACAAAGCCAACAGCGCGAAUCCAGAGAAGAUAAACAAAGAAGUUUGAACAUGUCCCGCGGGCAGACGUGGAGCAGCGAGGAGGUGCAGGCUCUCAUGCACAUAUGGUCGGAGGAGUACGUGUCGCGCCUGCUCCUGGCCACCCACAAGAACAGCGAGGUUUUUAGACUGUUUAGUGAGAAGAUGGCGGAGCGGGGCUUCCACCGGUCGCUGCAUCAGUGUCGCAUCAAGGUGAAGAAGCUGCGGCAGCAGUACGUGAAGAUCCGAGAGUCCCUCACCAGCAGCGGCAGCUCGGACGGGGAGAGGGAGAAGUUCGUGUGGUACGACGAGCUGGAUGGUAUUCUGGGCACCAGACCGAGCAGCCCCAAACACGUUGUUGAGUCGUUCAAGGAGGAGGGACCGCCGACCCCAGAGCCCGCAGAGCUGCUGCCCAAGAGGGAGGAGGAUCCCCCUGAAGAAGAGGAGAGCAGGGCCAGCUUAGGAAGUCCCACGCCUCAGGAAGAGCAACCCCCCGUCCGCUGGGUGAUCCCUGGUGCCCAAGAACGAAAAAGGAAAAGUCGGACUGAUCGUUUGGACAGUUUCUUGGAAAGCUGCGUGAAGCAGCAGAAACAAAUGGAUGAGGCUGACCAGAAACGUAACGAGGAAGAUAAAGCUACAUUUGAAAACUUUAUUAGAGUUCAGCAAGAAGCAGAAGCGUGUCGGUUCAAAGCAAUACAAGAUCAGCAGCAGACCAACAACCAAGUCUUCUUGCACAUGAUGGGGACUUUUGCAAAAGCCUUAUUGAGCAAAUCACAGAAACCCCCAGCACAGGGAUGCCCCACAACACAGACAAUGUCCCCUGACGACCCUCCAGCAGGUAUGGCUAACCUUCACAACGUACCACCACCUCAAGAGACCUCUGAACAUCCUUUCGCACCGAUGGAAAACUACCUCCCAGAAACCAUGGCUCCAUGCACAAGUUCUUUGCUUCAAGAUGUAAUUGGAAGAGCAGGGGACCUGGAGAUGAAACAAGAUAAAGAUGAAAGAUCGCUGCACGGAUCCUUACCUGUUGUCAGUUCUAGUUUUUCUCUUUCAAGCGAUAAGGAUGUGGGAACCUCUCCUAAGUGUAAAAGGCAAACAACUGGAGAACCUGAGAUAAGUUCUCCAGAUGCCCUGAGCAGCUUCAGAGAUGAAGAUGAACUCUUUUUGCUUAGCCUCCUGCCUUCUUUGAAGAGGCUUCCUGUUAGAAAAAGGAUGGAAAUGCGCCUGAAGUUCCAGCAGAUGCUUUAUGCUGCAGAGUUUGAAGAUUAAACUAUUCACAAGUCACCAAGCACUGGUAAUUAGCAGGAGGUGACCGUAUGUCACAUGAGCAGUCCUCCUCAGACUUUCAGUUUAAAUGUUUAUUUUUCAAUGAUUACAACUGACUGUAUCAUGUCAUUAAGGAUUCUUUUUUGUCUUAUGUCGUUAAUGAUUCUUUUUUAUCUUCACUGUUUGUCUUAAAUCAGUAAGUAUUUAUGCUGUGACCACUGAACAUGUAUCAAAAGAUUUCUUUUGGUUUUAAUAAAGAAAAAAAUCCACCUAAAUUAAUUUUGAGUACGGUAUAGAUAAGAGAAAUUAUUUUGUUCCUGGUUCUGAUGCUAGAGUAAACGAGUGACAUAAUUCAAUCAGGUGAAUGUACAGUGAAGUGUAAUGGUGUGCAGUACAGUUCAACAGCUCCACUAGCACACGUUCUUGUUGCUGCCAGAUACGUUCUGAUCAUUGAUUUAGAGUAAAUUAAAUGACUGGAAAUAUAAACAUGCUUUUUUUUUUU